AUGUCAAGCACUCAACAUCAGAACAAGGACGAAGGCACACGAAAAAAGAAAGAAUCCAUUGUCGACCUGUCUCGCUUUAUUGAUAAGAAAAUACGGGUCAAGUUCCAGGGAGGAAGAGAAGCUGCUGGAAUUCUCAAAGGAUAUGACGCCUUGUUAAAUUUGGUACUAGACAAUUGUGUGGAAUAUCUUCGCGACCCUGAAAAUCCAGGAACAGUCGGAGAUGACACCAGGUCACUUGGACUAAUAGUUGCCCGAGGCACCGCGAUAACAGUCGUAGCUCCCUCUGAUGGUAUGGAACAAAUCGACAACCCGUUUGCCCAGCAAGAAGAUUAG